CUCCCCUCAGCGCCCUGCGUCUCUCUCUCUCUCUCUCUCUCCAGGCCGAUUGCUGAUUCACUCUCGCAUGUUGGCAGCUCGGUGAAGAGAUUGUGUUGCUUGUGCACCUGUUCUCAUCUGAUACAGCUUAAGAAUAAGAGUGAAACCGAAAGGGGGAAAUGGAACUGUAUUUAAAAAUCACAGCAGGCCUCCUUCUGAUUGUCCAUGCCUUCCACCUGGCAUCGCUCCAAGAUCCAACCGACUCUCCGGGGCGUACAAUUGAUAAAAGCUGGCUCCGUGAACUCGCCAAAAAUACAGCUGGAAGUCUAAAUGCUGCAGUUACCGGAGAGAAGGCAAAGUAUGAUCAGGAAGCUGAUGCGACGGCUUCGGAGCCAAGUAAUGAUUACAGUGGAAUAGCAUCUGGCUCCAUGGCAGCAUUUAAUGCAGAAGAGGAGAACCUGUCGGGCCAUGAAAGCGGUGCGAAUAAUACAUCUGAUGAUCUGAAUGUUGUCGCUACCACGCUGCCUCCCGCAUUUACUAACGGCACAACAAAACAACCUGAACUGCCAGACGCCACAGUUUCUCCAAACACGACAACUGCACAUCCCACAAGCUCAAGUCACGCCAACGUGACAGAAGCGGAGGACGGCUCUCAUAACUCGACCACGACCCUUCAAACCUCCACCACUCAUUUGAUUUCACAAAACUCCACCAGCUUUCCAGAUUUUUCCAAUCGUACUGAUUUACAGUCUACAACCCCGCCUCCAGAGAGAAACGCCACACAAGAAUCCACAACAAGACCGAAGGCACACACGGGGUUAACCAACAGCACAAGCACAGGAUCUACCAACACAACGGCCGUAACAACCACAGCAUCACCAGAGACAAACAAGACGUCGACCCUGUCUUCAUCUACGACAGUGCUCCCCUCUGAGACCACAGAGACGAGCCCUGCGACCACGACCGCCGCCGCUCCGAACACACCUGAGAAGGCCAACAAGACAGACAAAGACGCCGCCUCAGGGAGCAGCUCAGAAAGAGGUUUGGCGUCAGAUCCACACAGGAGUAACAGGAAUGGGGCGUGGGGGGCGGUGCUGGGCACGGCAGUGGCUGUGGCCAUCGUGGGACUGGUGGCCUAUGUCAUCCUGAAAAAGAAACACCAGAAGGCUUUCUCUCACAGGAAACUGGUGGAGGAAUAUCCCUCAGACCCAGUUCUCAGAUUAGACAACAGCGACCCUUUGGAUUUGAACUUUGGCGGUUCGGCCUAUUACAACCCAGGACUCCAGGGGGACAACAUCCAAAUGACCAACUUUCCAGGACGCCAGAGAAACUGAAAGGACUCCCAAGACCAAAGACAUGAACUCCCUUGAAAGAAAAGUCUGUCACCUACUCUAACUGGCCUUUGAUAGACAACUGAUAAUGUGGAGUUUUGUGAAUAAGACUGUCUGAAAGUGAAAUUUGUGGAUGGAAAUCACAAAGAGAGUUUGUCGGCCACCACAAAUGACAUUAAUUGUCAGAAUAUAAAUCGUGUUGUGUAGAUUUAUUGCACUGAACUAAAGGGAUCACUGAAGGAAAUCUGUCUGAAGUACACUGCCACAGCCAAUAUUAACUCUUAGCCAUUUAUGUAUGUUGCCAAAGGGAAUAAAAUUCUUCAUUAGUCUUUCCUAAUGAAGAAUAUGCUUUGCAGUCAAUGAAGGAUAUUAAAAAUUCAUAUUUUCUAUAACUUUUGAUUUAAUAUAAAUCAUUUUUUGCGUGGCUAGGAGCCACAAAAUUUUGUUGCAGACAAGCAAAACAAAGACAUUAGAAUAUAAUCUGAUCAGAUAAAGAGAAGAAACUAGAAUGUGUCUCCUGCUGAUGCAAAACAUUGUAGAAGAAAAGAAAAGAAAAAGCAGCCUAAGUAACAGAUGAGACAGGAGGCCUUUGCGAUGAAAUUCAGACGCCAUGGUCAACAAUAACAUUAUCCAUAUCAGCUAUCACCUGCUGUUAUGGCAUCAGGAAGGCAAUAAGAAAUUUAAUUUGAACUGCGCCUUCAGAUAUUCCACAACUGGCAGUCACAGCCAGAGACUGAGAAUUCAACCGUCAAACCAAAGACUUGAAUUUGUUUUUCCACACCAGUGAGGGAGGUAGGUGGGUGUGUGGUGGGUGGGUGGGUGGGUGCGGGGUGAGGCUGGGUACUGUUUUGUUAUUCAUAGACUAAGGUUUUGGUAUUCAGAAGGGGAAGUUGUGUGUUUGGUCUUUUAGCUCUACUCAGUAGCAACAACUAUAUCAUCAUAAUAUACUGCUUAAAUCUUCUGACCUCCAGGUGUCCAAACAGAGAUUUGAGUUUCUCGCAGCGACAGCGUGCACCUCGGAGGGUUACACACCGGCUGUGUACCUGGAUCAAAACUAGAACAUGCCUUAUUGUGAAUACUAAAAAAAAACUAUAUUUUUGUUGUUAUUCUUCUCCUGUGUUUGUUUUAACUUUGAGUGACAACCUUCAGCAAGGAGAGCGUUUAGUAUCUGACUCUUACAAUGUGGUUGGACUCUUGUCCUUUUGUAUCUAAUGCAUUUGUACGAUAAAAUCUAACAAUACUACAUAAUUUCUACAAUUUCUUACUUUUCUAUGUUAGAAAAAACAAACUUUUAUAACUUUACAUGUGUAAACAAUACAUCCAGAAAAGACCUUUUUCACUUCCCCUGAUCCUUUCAUUCAUCAUUACCUGAGUGAGGCCCGUGCUAGAUCAAUAUGCACCCUGAUUAUGAUUGAUAUGUGUCUCAGCUCCGCCCAAACAGCCAACAAUAACUCUAAAUCUUUUUGUGGGGGGGGGUUACAUGGAACAGCGGAUCUGCUUCCUUCCCUCUCUGUAAUUUCAGACAUUGAUCAGUGUGAGAAACCUUUUUGUGAGAGAGUUUAGUGUCGUACUGUUAAAGAAUUGCAGUGAUUACUGCAGAAAUAAUGCAGAGCAGAUGGUGAUGGGAGACUUCUACACUGGUUGCCACUUAUUGUAAAAUGUAAUGAGACUUGAUGAUGCCUUAAUAAACAACCCAACCCCCCAAAAAUGUAAAAA